AUGCAAGUACUUCAACAGGUAGACACUCUUUUUGUGGCGAAUAGGAGUAAAACUUUAUCAAAGAUAAAAAUAGUAACCUCCAUCUCCUCUUCUGGGAUCUAUGAUCAACUGGAUCCUGUUCUCUGUAAUUCCAGCACUGCUCUCAGCCCUGCAGACGUAGACACCUUGGUCAUCUCUGCUCAAGCGGUUGAACUCUUGAUGGCGAUGGCAACCAAUUUUGUUACUCUGGGUGAACUCUGGUCCAGCCACGUUGAAAUGGAGGAAGAAGAUGAAGCGAUAUUUUCCAGAAUCAAGAUCUUAAUAGAGAACCAUCUGCCAGACGGCUGGAGAGACUGGAAGGUGAUUGACUGGAAGAAAGAAGAUCUAUUUGGGAAAAAGAUAGACCACAAAGUAUUGAACAAAAUUCGCUUCGCCCUCCCCACAUUGGAACUGGUGAAAGCAUUCUACCCAGAAGCAACAUCGGUGGGAGAGAAAACCUACCGAAAUAUAAAAUUGACUGGAACCUCUGUAGAGCAUUGA